UUUAUUUUAGAUAAUAUUUAUUAAAUACAGAUUUUUAUUAUUCAGUUAUAUUUUGCUGAAUUUGUAAUGAUCAAUAAAUUAGUUCCUGAUUGCAUUCAAUAUUAAUUUAUAUCAAAAGGCUCUUAUUAUUUUAACAUGUCAUCAAGUGCUACAUCAUCAAAAAUGGAAGAGAAACACUUUGGAUUUACAGAUAGUAUAAGUGACAAAAGAAAUAUAAAUGUCAACGACAAAAUUACAACGAAAGAUUUUUUAAAUACAGAAGUAAAUGUACAGAACAUAAGCUUAGAGCCUUCUCUAACAAAACAAGACAAAACAGAUAUAACAAAUAAUGACGAAGAGUUAUUAAUUAAAAAUGACAAUUUAGAAAAUAAAGAAAAAUAUAUUGUCAGUCCUGAUAGUGAAACGGUCUUUAUUAGUAAUCAACGUGAUUACCAAAGUAUUGACUUGAAUGUGGAAUCUCAAAAUAAGGACAGUGACAGUGAAGAUAUCGCAUCUGCAGAAAUACCUGUAAUGAAACAAGUUGAUCCAAGCAUAGAUGAUAAUUUGCCAAGCACCGUUACAUUGCUGAGGACUCCAGAUGGUGGUAAAUGUUAUGUAGUGGGAACUGCGCAUUUUAGUAUCGAAAGUCAAAACGAUGUUUCAAGGAUAAUUCAAGCUGUACAACCACAUAUUGUUAUGGUUGAGCUUUGUAGAGAUAGAAUACAUAUUUUGGAAUUAGACGAAGAUGCUCUUCUUAAAGAAGCUAAAAGUCUUGAUUUCAAUAAGAUAAUGUACACUCUUAAAGAAAAUGGAUUGUACAAAGGAAUUUUCUAUAUUUUAUUGCUAAAUAUGUCUGUACAUCUUACUAAGGUCCUUGGAUUAGCACCUGGAGGAGAAUUUCGUAGAGCUUUAGCAGAGGCUAAGAAAAUUCCAAAUUGCCAUGUUCAUAUGGGGGAUAGGCCGAUUAAAAUAACAUUUGCUCGAGCUCUUAGUUUUUUGACAUGGUGGCAAAAAAUAAAAUUUGCAUGGCAACUUUUGACAGAUAAAGACAUUAUCAGUCAGAAAGAUGUUGAGAAGUAUAAAUGUCAAGAUUCAGUUGAAGAAAUUAUGGCUGAAUUAGCUGGAGAAUAUCCUGCAUUAGGAGAAGUUUUUGUUAAAGAACGAGAUAUAUAUUUGACUCAUUCGCUUCAGUUAGCGUGUAAACCGAAAAUUGGAAUAUUUGGUGAACCAAUUCCAGUACGAGUUGUAGGAGUUGUCGGUAUUGGACACACAUUCGGAAUUAUUCAAAAUUGGGGAAAAGUCGAAAAAUCUCAAAUACUCCCAAUUAUGAGCAUACCACCACCUUCGUUGUCUGGUAAAGUUUUAAAGUUUACAAUCAAGGCAUCUAUUGUUGGAACUGUUAUUUACAUAGGAUACAAAUUUAUUCCAAUGUCGAUAAAUAUAAUAUUAUCACUAAAAUCGUCAGUGGGGAAACUUAUUAAUAUGAAUGUCAGUUAA